ACCGAAGAUUGGAGCCGCUCAGUCGGUUUUUACGGUGAAGAUCAUGCUUCGUCAAUGCUGCUUGCGGCAGUUGUGCCGUCCUGUGACUUUAUCUGCGCGUUUGAUGCCGUCUACGACAUCAUGGACGUUUCAGCGGCAAUAUGCGUCGAGUGCAUCGACUUCAGCUGGCCCAGCAAAGCCCAAGAAAAAGUAUCUAAACGAUCCAAGCCUCCGUGUUCGUAUCGUGCCCAUGCUACAAGACAACUAUGGUUAUGUGGUGGUGGACGAGGCUAACCACACAACAUUCGCAAUAGAUCCGGCAGAACCCAGCAAGAUCUUGCCGGUGUUGAAGGAGGAGGAAACCACGAGGAAUCGCGAAUUCCUCGGCGUGUUGACCACACACAAGCACGCGUACGUCCUGACAGGGGAUUUUAUGCGGGAUAAUUGACGGAGACUCACUAUUGCUGUUGGUGCCUUCUGUAGAGACCACGCUGGUGGCAACGAGGAGAUCGCGAAAAUGUAUCCUGGAGUCAUGAUCGCCGGGCCGGAGCACGAGCUGAUCCCAGCAAGGAACCGUCCUGUGAGGGGUGGGGAGAAGUUCAAGAUUGGUGCAGCAAAAGUGAAGGUAUUGAAUGUGUCAUGCCACACGAAGGCACACGUGGCUUACGUCAUCACGGGAGAUGCUGAAACUCCACCUCUGCUGUUCCCUGGUGACACGCUGUUUAUUGGAGGCUGUGGACGCUUCUUUGAAGGUACAGCUGAGGACAUGUACAGAGCACUGUACGAGGUAAUUCUCACCCUACCGAAGGACACAAAAGUGUACUGCGGUCACGAGUACACCAUGUCGAAUCUGCGUUUCGCGCUCAGUGUGGACCCAUCCAACCAGGCCCUGCGCGACAAGAUUGCGUCCGUUCGUAUCCGUCGAUCGAAGAACUUGCCUAGUGUGCCGUCCUCGCUGCGAGAAGAAAUGCUCUACAAUCCGUUCUUGCGUGUGCACAACGAAACAAUCCGUAAUGCUGUCGGCGGCACAGACCCCAUCAGCGUUCUCGAGAACCUUCGUCGGCGCAAGGACUCCUUUGAAUGAAGAAGAGAUGAAAAAUGCAUCCAUAAGCUGAAAAAGACAAAUCGGUUUACAUUGUCGCUCUAUCAUCUGCAAACUUUAGAUAAUUUGCUCAGAAUUUCAGAGCUGCAAGCGCACGGCGGCGCAAUGGAUGGGGCUUACCGAGACAAACAGUGCAGAUGUCGCUGAACGCUUGGUACGAAGCACGCAUCUCUUGCUGCAGCUCGUCUCGGUCUAGAUUCUCAGGGAGCGGGGUGGUCGGAUGCAAUAGCAUGCGGCGCAGGGACUCAGCGUAGUCAAAGUGAGCAAGCGCGAGUGGCAAGUGGUUACGCCACGAUACAAGCUGAAGAGCCUGCAGUAGCUGUUUGCGGAGUUCGUAAGCUUGGACGACGUUGCCUAGCUUGAUGUGAGCAUCAGAGAGCAGACGUGCAACUGCAAUUGCUAUGCCGUGGCUGGGGUAGAAAGGGAUCAUUUGACCACGAACAACAACGCCCUUCGUAAGGUCUGCGAGCUGAGUUACAACGUCCGCGUACUUGAAUAGGUUUAGGCUCUGCUUUGCCUUAGCCACCUUUGUUCUCGCCGUAAGGACAGCCGAGGCGACAGCAGUUACCGAAACAUCUAGCUGACAGUCCGGGCACACGAGUUUAUCCUCCACUUGAGCGAGCAAGCAGUCUUUAUCUACAGGAGCCUUGACAGAGCAGCGCAGACAGCGGAAGCCUUCCAAGUAUCUGUCGACCGACUCACUCAGCGGCGUCGAGCAACGUUCACAUUGGCAGUCAAAGUGCUUUGUAUCGCGUAGCUCCUUCUGACGCUCACUGCGCUCUUUGUCGAUAUCAAUAUAACUCAGUGUGAUUUCCUCGCCCUCCUUGAUAUCUCGCAA